AUUCGGGGCUUCAUCCAAUUUCACAGUAUUGAUGAAGAUGAUGCUUUUCCUAUUCCUAUCCGGACACAUGGACGAACGAAUCUGCGUCGCCUGAUUCUCACUCAAUCUCCAUCUCAAACAAAAUUCCUUCCAUUCAUCAAAAAGGGAAACGAAAUCCAAGAAAAACCUAGAAGCAGCAACCGCAGUAGUUGGUCCGGAAUCCGAUUGGGAGGCAUCGUGAGAGAGGGCGUGGGUUUGGGAAGGAAAUGAUUUGGAACAUAAAAUCGUUGGUUGAUAGGUUGAAGGAGGGAGUGAAGGAGGCAGUGGAAACCGCCAUUGAAGAACGAUUAACCAACUCCAAAGACAUACAGAGACGAGAAGGCGUCGUCGCAGAGCGGGAAACUACAUGGAAGGACCAGCUUUACCGGCGAGAGGCUGAGAUUGAACGACAAGAGUUACAGUUGAGAUUGGAAAGGGAGGCCUUUGAAAAAGAAAAAGGGUUGCACAAUGGAGGAACUGCAUCCACCCAAAAUAACCAAGAUGGAGCUCUUGAAAUCACCGUUGGUGGUGAGAGAUACCGAUGCCUCAGAUACCACAAGCCUAAGAAAUGAACUCCUACCAAUCCAACAGGAUUUACUUUCCUUCAAUUCCCACUUUCUUUCUAAAAAUUGUACUUUUCAUCUUCCAAAUACUCCAACAAUAUAAAACAUUCCCAACGUGAAGGUAAGAGCUCAAACAUUCAACUUGUAUUAAAGGUUACUAAAACGUUUCGAACCAGUUGAGCUAUGAUCAAGUAGCUAUUCUCAAA